CGUCCGGAACAUCCGGCUGUAGCUUCUCAACAUAAACAGCAAUGGCGGAGGCAGCAGCAGCGUCUACGGCGGCUACCCCAGUAACAGGAGGUUGGACCAAACACGUAACUUGCAGAUAUUUCAUGCACGGUCUUUGCAAAGAAGGAGACAACUGUCGCUAUUCACACGAUCUGACCAACAGCAAACCUGCAGCCAUGAUAUGCAAGUUUUUCCAGAAGGGAAACUGUGUGUUUGGGGACCGUUGCAGUGAUAGCUUGGAGAGAGACAGGCUAGGCAGGAGAGAGAGAGAAGGGACGACAUGCAACAAAGGGCCUGUGCUGGAAUCCAACCCCCGGCCGCUGAGGUUUGAACACUGUAAACCGGCAAAGAACGAGGAGUUGCCACCCCCCCAGACGCUGCCGCUGCCCUCUGUCUCGCUGGCUGCCUCGUCAGACCCAGAACCCAGUGGGCCAACACCUGGUUCAGGGGCACAAGAUUGGGUCAACGCUGCGGAGUUUGUUCCUGGACAGCCGUACUGUGGACGGGCUGAGCCAGUGAAGGGGGAGAGCUCCGUCCCUCUCAUUGAGGAGUUUGACAGCGAGGCAUCGCAGGACAAGGAAGCGUUGAGGAAGCAGCUCUGUCCGUACGCAGCUGUUGGAGAGUGCCGCUAUGGAAUCAACUGUGCCUAUCUCCACGGCGACGUGUGUGACAUGUGCGGCCUCCAGGUGCUCCACCCCACUGACAACGCCCAGCGCUCGGACCACACAAAGGCAUGCAUCGAGGCCCAUGAGAAAGACAUGGAGAUUUCAUUUGCCAUCCAACGCAGCAAAGACAUGAUGUGCGGUGUGUGUAUGGAGGUGGUGUUUGAGAAGGCCAACCCAAGCGAGCGCCGUUUUGGCAUCCUCUCCAACUGCUGCCACUGCUACUGUCUAAAGUGCAUUCGCAAGUGGAGGAGUGCCAAGCAGUUUGAGAGCAAAAUCAUCAAGUCUUGUCCAGAGUGUCGAAUCACAUCCAACUUUGUCAUCCCGAGCGAGUACUGGGUGGAGGAUAAGGAGGACAAGCAGAAACUCAUCCAGAAAUACAAGGAUGGCAUGGGGACGAAACCAUGUCGAUACUUUGACCAGGGUCGCGGAACGUGUCCUUUUGGCUCAAAUUGCUUCUACAAGCACGCCUUUCCAGACGGUCGGCUGGAGGAAGCUCAGCCUCAGCGAAGACAGACCGGAUCCAACAGCAGGAAUCGGAGCUCGAGGCGAACGCCGCUGUGGGACAUCUUCGACGAGCGGGAAAGCAGCGACUCGUUUGACAACGAGGACGAGGAGAUGGUGACGUUUGAGCUGAGCGAGAUGCUGCUGAUGCUGCUGGCUGCAGGAACCGACGACGAGGUGACGGACUCAGAGGAUGAGUGGGACUUGUUUCACGAGGAGCUGGACGAUUUCUAUGAGAUUUACCUAUAGCGGCCUAAAUCCCCCCCCCCCCCCCC